AUGGCUAAAAGGAAAUCAAAAUUAUUCAAAAUUAUUCUGUUAUUAUCUAUUAUUUUUAUUAUACUUUCAAUAGGAGUUGGAAUAUUCUUUAUAAUUUUGUUUGUUGAACCAAUAUCAGUUAGUAUUUUAAAUAAUAAUGGUGAUGACCUAUCAUUCUCUUGGGGUGACACAAUCGAUCUGCAUGCAAAUAUUAAUAGAGGAUGGAAAUCUUUGGUCAAGUACAGAUGGGAAUUGGUACCAAAUCAAAAUUCAACAUUGAUAAUGGAGAGUAUAUUCAUUAAGGAUGCAGGUUCUAAUUUGAAACUACAAGUGGAUGAUUUGCUUUAUUUUGAAAUAAAGGCCUUCAGAGUUCAUGCUUCAUACCUAAGUGACCAAUUAUUUGUUAGGUCAUCGGAUAUCCAACUUUAUUCUUAUUUAUUGGCAAAUGAAACAAAGUUUGUUGAAAGAGAUCAUGUGCAAUCUUGGAAUCCAAACACCAAUGUUCUACAGUUAAAUGGUAGUUCUUUUUCAGAUAUUAAAGUUGGUGACAUAGUUUUAGAAUCGGAAGGUCUGUUUUUAGUUUCCAUUCUAAACAUUACAUCAGUAAAUGAUCAUAUUUAUUCCUACCAAACAAAGAAUAGUUCGAUACCAGAGGCAUUUAUCUAUUUAUUCCUUAGAGAAACCACUUUGACAUUGGAUCAAGAUAAUACUACAACCAAUUCAACACAACUUCAAAUUAAUAAUCAAAAGCUACAAAAAGAAAACACUACAACCAAUUCAACUAUACUUCAUAAUAAUAACCUACAAUUACUAAAAAAUAAUAGUAAUGAAUAUAGAAAUGGACCUCCUAUUGAUAUAGGAAAUCAUACCUUCUCUUUUGAUGCUUUAACAGGUGGAUCUCUCAGAUUUCUAUUGGAUAAUAGUUCCUACGUUCAAAUUAAUUGCACUACACCUCUAAUGUCCACUUUUAUCCAAGACAGAAAACUUAUUUCUCAACUAUAUAGAAUGAUUUGCAAAGUCAAUAUAGACUUAUCAGGCAAAUUUAAUGUACCGUCAAACUAUGAAAAGAAAUGGACAUACUAUUUAUAUGGUUCGGAUGAUUCUGGAUCGGAGAGUGGCGGUAUAUUUUCAAAAGGAAAGAAAUUCAAAUUCACAUUGAAAGGUUUAAGAAAGAAAAUUCCAUUUAUUCUUUCGCUUGAAUUAAAAGUACCAUUAGUCUUCGAUAUCAAAACCAAACAAAAAAUGAGCGGAUCUUUCACUCUUAAAGCUAGUUCACAAUUCCCAGUAGAUUAUAUUUAUUCUCCAUCAGACGGUUUACAAAUGGUUCCUUUUUCACCUGUGGUAUGGGAUACCCGAGGUACUCAUUUUAGCGAUUACGAUUUAAGUUGUAACUCUCAAAUUGAUAUUUCUGUUGGAAUUGGUCUUGAAGGAACAUUAUUUUUCCAAUCUUUGAGCGGAUAUCUCAGAUACCAUUACAUUUUCAAUACCUAUGACAAUCAAUAUAAUGGAAGCGUUCAUGGUUUAACCCUGAAAGAGAUUUGCGAUUCCGGAAAAAGACCUGAAACCCUAGUUUCUACCUAUUCAGCAGACCUAACUAUUGGUCUCAAAUUCUGGAUAUUUGGUUUAAGUAAAACCGUUGAAAUAGAAUUUGGUUCAACUCUGUUACAUUCACAAUGUUUGCGAGCACCUUGUACUAUACCAUUUAUAAGAUAUACUUGUGGAAAUUUAGUUGCGCCUGAAUGUCAAGAAGCGUCUUGGGGUCAAUAUAUCGGAUAUUCAGAGUCUGUAUUAACACACAAAUCAAUCAUGUCGAAUAACAUCCAGAAAGUAGAGAAUAACUUACAGAAUAUCUAUGACAAUAAUGAUUUCUAUAAUGGGUAUCUAAGUCUACAUCGUUCAAAGAAUGGUGAUGCUCCAGAGUUUCAUUAUAUCGAGCCAAUGCUACCACCAUUGAAAGAUGCCACCGUUGCCGACUUGGGUUGUGGUUUCGGAUUUUUCAGUAGAUAUUGUGUGAACCAAGGCGCUAAAUCCGUGGUCGCCGUCGAUCUCUCAGAGAAGAUGUUGGCACGCGCCAAACAACUACAUCAAGAUAAUGAACAAUACAACGUAAUCGAAUGGAUUCGUUCCGAUAUCGGAUCGAUAGAGUUGGCUACCAACCACUACCAGCUGGUCUACAGUUCACUGGCGAUUCACUAUCUCGAACAUCUGGAACCGUUGUUCAAGCGCAUCUAUCAGGCAUUGGUUAGCGGUGGUCGAUUCGUAUUCUCCACGGAACAUCCUAUCUACUCUGCACCAACAGAUCAAUCGUUCAAAUCGGAUGGCAAUCAAACAUACUGGCCAGUAGCAAACUAUUCGAUCGAAGGUAAACGUGAAACCAAUUGGUUUGUCAAUGGCGUUGUAAAGUAUCACAGAACCAUUGGAACUCUGGUGAAUCUACUGAUCGAAACAGGCUUUACCUUGAAUAAACUCGAAGAAUUCAGACCGACCGAACAACAACUUAAAGAUCUUCCAGAUGUAUUUUCAAUUGAACUUCAAAGACCUAUGUUUUUGAUGAUUUCCGUUACUAAAAAUUAA